GACUGAUAAUGUUAGCAUUUUAGUGAUCCUGUUUCCUCAUCUACAAAAUGAAGUGAGUUUGCUUUCAUGACGCUGUCAGAAGCAUAAUCGAGCCAUACCAGAAGAUGGUUCUCAGAAUGUGCAAUGCUGUCCUGUUGAGACGAAUCAGCAGGCUCACUUUUUGAAAAAUGCCCUCUGAGAUGAGGCAAGCUUCCCUAAACUGGUGGCACAAGUGAUUGAUUAUUCAUCUGCCAUUGUUAUUAGUUGCUGUGCCUACAACAAAGGCUGCAGUCUGUGUCACUGACUUUACUCCUCAAUGCAUGGACCAUGAAUAGUCCCUUUUAAUCUUAAUGUUGUUGUGAGAUGUUGUGUUGAAAGCAUUUGACUCGGACCAGUUGUUUUUGUGGCACUCAAGAACAUAAAUAGAAUUUGUGGUAGAUAUUCUAGACUGUAAAAUUGUGAGCUGUGGGGUUGUUUCUCUCCUUUAACUUCUUCGUAUUUUAAGAUAAAGCAGUUCAGGCUUGAUGUGAGGUGAAAACGUUUGAAUUUCAGAUUAGCGUCCUCAAUAGAACAAAGGUUUAGGAUGGAAGAGCUACUGUUCUUAAUUUUCCUUCUUAAUUUGCAAGUUGAAUGUCGAUGUGUUUAAUUUGGAUCUGAGCACGCUGCAGCCUUUGUAUAUUUUUCCCGUAUUAAGUUUCCACUCGCUGACCAAAUAAUCUCCUGUUCUGACAAAUGUUCUGAUACAAACCUUCCAGUAGGUGGCAACAACUGAUCAGUUUAGCUUGUUGAGUCCUGAGGUCAGCUGAUUAAUUUAUUACAGAGCCUUAUCUGCUGCUCCUUACUUAAAAACAAAUAUGUUUUGCUGUGCGUGCUCAAAUAUAGCAUGUGGUGUGCUUGUUGCAUAAGCACAUCACGAUAACUUUUUCAGGUUUAUGUAUUUAUUCGUGGUAAGUUUAUGAAACCAUGCAAAGUAUUUUAGGUAAUAAUACAGCUUACAUUUGCAUGGCAGUGCAGAUUGCUAGGCCUCUUUUACAGGAAACUGACAGUGUGCCAGAAAACCUUGCACAGAAGCUUCCAAACCUCGUGGAAUUGUACCUUCAUUCAAAUAACAUAGUUGUUGUACCUGAAGCCAUUGGCUCCCUCGUUAAACUGCAGUUUCUGGACCUAAGUGAUAAUGCCCUUGAAAUUGUGUGUCCAGAGAUCGGUCGCCUGAGAUCUUUGCGUCAUCUUCGUUUGGCUAACAACCAGCUGAAAUAUUUACCUGCAGAGGUUGGAGAUCUGAGGGAGCUGCAAACACUGGAUAUUUCAACCAAUCGCUUGAUAACCUUACCUGAAAGGCUGCAUAUGUGCCUCUCACUGCAGUACUUGACUGCAGACCGGAACCACCUGUGGUAUGUUCCCCGCCAUCUGUGCCAGCUUCCAAGCCUCAAUGAGCUCUCCAUGGCUGGGAACCGCCUUGCAUUUCUGCCUCUUGAUUUAGGUCGUUCGCGGGAGCUACAAUAUGUUUAUGUGGAUAACAACAUUCAUCUCAAAGGCCUUCCAUCUUUUCUGUAUAAUAAAGUCAUUGGUUGCAGCGGCUGUGGUUCUCCAAUUCAAGUUUCAGAGGUAAAACUGCUCUCUUUUUCAUCGGGACAGUUAACUGUGUUCCUGCCAGCAGAGGUGAAAUCUAUAGGGACAGAAACAGAUCAUGUGCUGCCUUUGCAAGAACUGGCUAUGAGGACCCUCUAUAACACUUACUACGUGUAUUUAAAAGAUUUGAAUUUUCUUACUCCAAUCUCACUACCAAAAAGCCUCUUGGAAUUGUUGCACUGUCCCUUGGGACACUGUCACCGCUGUAGCCAGCCCAUGUUUACCAUUGUCUACCCAAAGCUCUUUCCCUUAAGGGAAACUCCAAUGGCAGGAUUGCAUCAAGGGAGGACAACUGUUAGUUUUGUGGCAUACUGCUGCUCCACCCAGUGUCUGCAGACUUUUGACCUACUGAGUUGAUAAACAUUUUAAACUACUCAGGAGUGCUGCCAGUUUAAAGCUGCAUUAGACGUCGUAUCCCGUUGGUACUGGAAUACAGUGUGUGUGCCAAAGCAGCAGAAGUGCCCGGUCGGGAACAUUAAGAGGCACUUAAAUCCUGCCCUAUCAAAUUUGGAUGAAGUGCAGAAACUUUUUCGGAAGUGUAAAUACCAAGUUUUUAAGAGCAUUAACUUCUCUCAGCAAAGAUAGCAUACCAGGCAAAUUUUUGAGUUCUAAGUCCCUAGAUUUGCAGUGUUUUUCAAACUGCUUUCGGGUGGAUCCACUGUGUCUUCUGGGGCAGUUUUCAUGCCUCUAACAGUGUCCAGCCGAUCUAUAAUUUAAAAACUAUAUGCCUGAAUGGUUUUUGUUUAUUGUUCCCAUCUUUUACAUUCUACAGUUGUAUCCAGGUGUGUAAAUCUAAGACUGUACAUGCUUUUGAAGGAACCCUGUGACUUUCACAUAGAACUUGGUUUUAUUUUUUCUCUCUCAUCUCCAUAUUUUACCCCACAGAGUUAUCCAAGUUUUAUACUAAAUCUUUAACAGGCAACCAUGCUAUUUAAAUCCAUGUAUUUAAAGCAGAUCUUUGCUUCUGGUAUUACUGUGAGCCACACUUACUCCACUGGAGGAGCUAGGAUAUGUGUGGAGACUGAAGGUGCUGUUUGAGUAACAAAGGCCUAUGCUGAUAUCUGCAGCAAGUGGUGUUGCUCUGGUGUUUGGUGACGUUGUCUUUAUUUUCAUCAUUCUAUGCUGUAUUUUUAAUAAAAACAGUUUCCCUUUUGCUGCGUUCUGAAUUCUUCAGGAAGAAGAUAUUAAGUACAAAUUUUACUUGGAAGAAAUAGUAAUAUAAAUAUUUAUCCCUAUUUACUCUAUUUUGACACUUGCAGCCAGUAGACCUGCACAGAGCUGGUCUUCAUUUCUCAAGGUUUUGCAUUUGAUUUGUGAGAGCUUCUCUGAAGUGUGUUAACCUUAGGGGAGGCUAGAGAAGGGGAGGGAGGGAAGUACAUUGUACCUGUGGGUGGGGAUACAUGCAUACCUACAGACACAGCAAAAGAGCUGUGAUAAAAUUUUUAGUGUAUUAUGUUCAUAUUAAUUUCAAAGGACAAAGAAUGGGGAAAAAGGCCCCAAAUGUCUGUGCAAACUAAGAUUUUCUUUAUGAACAAAGCAGUCUAAAUAGUUUUCCCCUUUGGACUUGCUUUCACGUAUGUAAAUUGUUAAUGUAUUUAUUAAAAAAAAGUUAGAAACUCUUUGUUGAUCUAGCAGUGCUCCUGCUCCACUCUGUGCAGCAGAUACACGCUGAAAUAAAUAUGAAUGAAAAAGUUAUAAAAAUGGCAAGAUAAAGAAACUUACUUGGUAAUGUAUUAGCAUAUAUUGUGAUGAGGAGUGCAUACUUUGGAGGGAGGAGGCACUGAAAUGUUUUCUUUGUGCCAGAGAAGCAUUUGUUCCUAUUGCAGGUUUCCUGGCAUCUCUUCUAUAAACUGAGCAUCUUGAGAGCACCAAAAAGACAGUUUUUGAGGGUGGAAUUUUUAGGUUGUGCUUGCUACUUGUAAAAAGUAUUGCUGGUUUUAUUGGGAUUUUUUUAGAGAGUUGAAUUAGCAUUAAGAAAUGUAGAACUUAAUCCUUCAGGAAUGCAAGUAUCAUCUAUUCUUUAAGAAUUGUGAAACCACCUAAAAUAAAUCCUGUUUAAUAAAUUUUCUUUGCAGUAGGGGAAAGAGCCGUGUCCAAACAGACUUUGUUACAACUGGAUUUCUUACUAUGUCAUUGGACGUAUUUUGUUUCAAUGCUGGUAUCCCCAGAAGGCCUUCCCACCCAGUGGGUUUACCACUGAGGCAACAAAAUUAAUCUUCAGCUGUUUUUCCUUCAGAACUGCACAUUUGAAAUGUAAAGUGUCCACAAAUGGUAUCUACCUGUAUCAGAAGGGUGCAGAUGUAGUACAGAAGCCAGUAUUUUAAUGGUUGGACAACUACAGUAGUGGUACAAAGACAAGUUUUUGGUGCAAUUGUGUAAUUGGGAAUUUUUGCUGUUAUUUUUACUGUGUCAUCUUUUGUAAUUUUUGAAGGAGGUAUUUGUUGGCAAUUUGUUCUCUUUGUAGAAACUCGUGGGCUUUCAAACCAAGUAUUUCUGAACUCAAUCAUAAAUUAAAUUUUAUUUUAGAGUUAAAUCUUUUGAUCAACUGAAGAACAUCAUUGUUGGUUUGAUUAGGAGUCAGGUGGUAAGACUAGAGCUUGAUUUUCAUUUUUUUUCUUCCCAUAAUCAUUUUAAAAUUUGUAUCAGUCUAUUAUUGUCUGCAAGUGCAGUUCAGCAGAAGAAAUUCCAGUCUGUUCUAUAAGCAGGAUGAAUCUUAACUAACAUUUUAAUAGAUGAUAUUUCAAGAAUGGAAUGUUCAAUGAAUAAAUGACUUAAAUAUGCGAUUGAAGCUGAAAUGUCAUAUUCUAUUUUUAUGAAAAAAAGGAAGAGGAAAGCCAAUAUAUAAACUGAAGAUGCAGCUCAAUUUCAAGUUUCUUUGAUGUUUUUGAUACAAACAGUGUUUGUAUUCAUCUGUAUCUUUGGGUGAUACUGUUCGAGAUUAAAAUAACUCCAUUCUCACUA